AGCUCUAGCCGCCGUUCCUCUCGACUCAGCCAUUCGUCGCAUCCACAGAGGAUAAUCCCCCGCAUUGGCGGGGAAGAGUGAUGUCCGCCAGCGGUACAAAAUGGACUGCAAACAGCAUGAUCGCCGGCGCUGGGGGUGGACUCGCUGCCAGCAUAGCAACAUGUCCCCUGGAUGUGAUAAAGACGAAGCUACAGGCACAGCGCACUGCCCAUGGGCAUGCACAUUACCAGGGAGUCUUCGCUACCCUACGAAGCAUCAUCGUUCACGACGGAUUGCGCGGUCUCUAUCGCGGUCUUGGACCAACCAUCCUCGGUUAUCUUCCGACUUGGGCUAUCUACUUUGCCGUGUACGACGGGCUCAAGAGUCGGUAUGGCCAACCUCCGCUAGGGGUGUCGACAGCUCAGACCCAAUCAAUCUAUCCCGCACCCUCUGCGAAGGGCUACCAGCCUGUCGCCCGCGAACACCCAUGGUCCGUUCACAUCCUGUCGGCCAUGUGCGCCGGAGGCACCAGCACCAUUGCUACCAAUCCUCUCUGGGUGAUCAAAACGCGUUUUAUGACUCAGUCGCGCAACGAGCUGAGGUAUCGUCACACGUUGGACGCUGCCAUGACCAUAUUUCGAACCGAGGGUAUACACGCCUUUUAUCGCGGCCUCCUCCCAAGUCUUUUAGGCAUCGCCCACGUCGCCGUUCAGUUUCCUCUCUACGAACAGCUCAAGCUCCUAGCACAACGUCACUCACCGGAUGGACCACUCCCCUCACAUAUCAUCCUCACUUGUUCGGCAUUCUCAAAGAUGACCGCGUCGAUUACCACAUACCCUCAUGAAGUUGUCCGCACCCGUCUUCAGACCCUUCGACUCCCUCGGGAUCCAGGCAGUGAGAACAACACGCCCUCUGCGAAAAAGAGGGUCAGUCUUGUUCGCACAAUACAGAAAAUCCUCAAGCAUGAAGGAUGGCGAGGUCUCUACAAAGGGCUCUCGAUUAAUCUUCUCCGAACGGUGCCCAACAGCGCCGUGACCAUGUUAACAUACGAACUGCUUAUGAGGAAGCUGUCCGCUGCCUCUUGACCGACCGUGUGGCAUCGCACGGCUUGCACACCUACCAGUUCUCUUGCUUUGACCAUAUGUCGUGGCCCCUCCCGACAAUCUCUAUCUGCCUUUGCCUUGCGACCUAGAGAAGACUACAACUGUUCAGGAAUAUAUAUUAGCAAUAUGCCAUGUAUUGUACCCCUACCUCCAACAUUCCUUUUCUCUCUUUGCUUAUCCACUCAUCUCUGU